CGUUCAUCAAAGUUCAUGCAACGCCAAAAUUUUAGUCAGUCUCUGCUUAAGCCACUGACUAGUCGUUGUUAAUUUCACAUCAAGCAAAUAUAUGCAGUUUUGUUUCUGUAAUAUUUUUGUAACAGAUGUAACAUAAAUCACAUAUUAUAUUUUGUACAAUAUGUUUGGAAUUAUCCUGUGUGGUGUUACGGUGUCCUUAAUAUCAUGGAUAUACCUUCGUUGGAUAAAUGUUAGAGAGUAUUGGGCAAGGCGUGGUGUGCCUCACUUGCCGCCUCAUCCCCUGAUGGGCAGUCUUACAUUCUUGCAGCAAAAGAAUCCGGCCCUAUGGAUGAUUGAUAUAUAUAAACAAUUUAAGAAACCAUACGUAGGAAUAUGGUUAUUCUGGAAACCAGCUCUCAUAAUCAAUUCCCCAGAAAUAGGAAGAAAUAUACUCGUCAAGGACUUCGACAAUUUCAGGAACAGAUUCAUUAAACCGAGUUCUAGCGAUCCUUUUAAAAAUAGUUUGUUUACUGCAAAUGAUCACAAGUGGUCAUCAAUGCGUCGUGGUUUGACAUCGGUAUUUACGUCUUCAAAGCUGAAGGCAAUGCAGGGCCUCUUCGACCAAAAAGCAAAUGAUUUAAUACAAAGAAUAAAAAACACUAAAGAUACAAGCAAACUGGAUAUAAGGUCCUUAUUGACAGAUUACACAACAGAUGUGAUAGCAACCGCUUCUUUCGGUGUAGAAACUACCGCUGCCCUCACAGGAGAAGACCCUAUCAGAACUGUGUCCAAGACCCUAACGACCUUCGACUGGUACAAAGGAUUAUGUUGGAGUACUGUAUUUUUUUUUCCAAUAUUGGCGGAAUGGUUCAGAUUUUUCAUAUUUUCUGUAUCAUCGACACAGUUCUUUAAGAAAGUAUUUGAAACUGUUUCAAAGCAAAGAAGAGAGAAUGGAAUAAAGGACGUAAAAGAUUUACUUGACGCUCUACUUAAGCUUAAGGACGAUGAUAUUGAAAAUAAACAAGGAAUCACUGACAGCGAUAUUUGGGCCCAGGCUGUGCUAUUUCUAUUUGCAGGUUUUGAAACCUCAAGUUCUGUUUUGAGUUUCAUGCUGUAUCAAUUAACAUUCCGCCCAGACCUACAGGAUAAAAUGUAUGAAGAGUUAAUAGAGGCGAAGAAAAGUCAUAACGGUUCCUUGGACCUUACUAUACAAGCUGAUUUAAAGUACUUAAACUGUGUUUUUAAAGAAACGUUACGCAUGUAUCCUCCCAUGGGAUGGCUUGACAGAGAGACAAUUAAUGACUAUAAGGUAGACGAAAACCUGACUAUACCCGCGGGAACACCGAUCUAUGUCAACGGAAUUGGAAUGCAAUACGACAGCGACGUUUACCCGGACCCUGAGACCUUUAAACCCGAAAGGUUUUUGCCCGAGAAUGAGAAAGACCUGAAGCCAUUCACUUAUAUGCCAUUUGGAGAAGGGCCAAGGAGCUGUAUAGCAAAGAGGUUCGGUCAGAUAUCAGUGAGAAACGCUAUGUCAUACUUAAUACUAAAUUUCAAGUUUAAACCCCUGCCGGGAGCACCGAAGCCUUCAGAAGUGAAGUACGAAAAUAAACAUCUCUUUUUGGUACCUGGAGAAAGCCUUUUCAUCAAUUUUGAACCAAGAAAUGUAUCUUUCGGUUUAUAAAUAUCUACGGCUUAUUUAAUGUACAUAUAUGGCAGACUCGUUGAUCACAACUCCUGUGAAGUUCUCCAAACGUCAAGUGAUGAAAAUAUGUACCUACGUAAACGAAAUACGCGCAAUAACAGUUAAAAUUUGUUUUAAAUAUACAGAAAUUGACAAAGUAAACCGUAAUUAAAACAAAAUGGCCUAUCGGAUCCUCACCCCUGAGGUCGUACCUUCGAAUCCUGGAUUAGUCAUGUAAUUUUCUAUCUAUGUAUGCCGCGGAUUUUAUCCUUUCCCCAGAGAUCAAAGCUGAAACCACAUUUUCAUGUAACUUGCUACUGUUAAAUUCAUUACUUCCUAAAAUUCAUGUCAGUUCCUAUACUGUAACAAAUAGUCUUUAUAUAUUUUAAUCUAUUACUGUUUGAUGUGUUGUUUUUCUCUGUGUGUAUGUAUCCAUCCAUAUUUAUUAGUCUCGUAUCGUUUUGAAAAGAUAAUGACGAAAACAGCACGUCUCAACUUUCAAUUUGCACUUUUUCCACUCACUUCACUCAAUUUAAUUUAUCCACUCACGCGAGCAAUACAUAUUAUAAAUAGAAUUUGGAUCGAGGAAGACUUAUUUAUUUUGUAUACUGGCUUAGUUCAGAAUAGUUGCUUUCUAUAUUAUUUGUUAUAAGAUUUAGGUAUAUAUUUUUUAUGUUUUAUUGUAGAAUUAUCGGUGUAGGUAUUAUUGUACCGUUUAGUAGUAACUGUUACGAUGUAAUAAUUGUGGAAAUAAAGAAAUAAAAUAGCGAAAAA